AUAAUUUUGAUUUGUGUAGUUAUGGAUGUACGCCUGUCAAAGUCGAAUCUUCCGAACGAAGGUGUCGUGAAUGUUAUUACCAAGUUUAGAAACUUCACCAUUUGCAACAAAUGUCUUUUGCACAAAAUAAAGACGAUUAUCUGUAAACAACUUCGUUAUCCUACCGCAGUAUCUGUGGAAGGCUCAAUGUCACUAUCAUCUUUGAUGCAUCAAUCGUUUAUACCUGGAAUUGUCAAAUGUGAUGCUCGAGUGAACAAUUUAUCUCAAUGUGCUAUCACUCAAAAUAAUGAUUGCUCUCAAUACUCGUACGUUACAUGUCAUGUUUGUGAUAAUCCUCUAUUAAAAAACGAAGAAAAAUUCCCAGAUUCUUGGUUUACUGCCUUCCCAAAGAGUCGUAGUGCUGCUAAAGCAAGAAUAUCCAGUGGUAGUUCAUGGUGUGCUCCUGCUGCUAAUGGCAAUCAUUACCUUCAACUGAAUUUUCCGAGUCUUUAUACAGUUAACGUUAUCACUAUCUUUGGAGACAGUUCAAGUUCAAGCUUUGUAACUAAAUAUCAAUUGCAGACAAACAUUGAUGGUGUGAACUGGAAAUCUGAAAAAUCCCAGAAGAUUUAUCUAGGAAACAAAAAUGGUUACAAUGAGGCGGCUAUAGAAAAGUUUUCUGGUGGCCUUAAUUCCAAAGCUUUGCGAAUCUUUCCAUUGGAAUUUGUUGGUGCUCCGUGUUUACGAAUUGAAAUUUGUGGUGGAGGGGCUACACAUGGUUCAAUUUGUCGACUUUUCUUUUAUCGUGCAGACUUAAUCCCAGACAAACCAACAGAUCUCAUUGCAACCAAAUCUGCAUCGACGUACCUCGAGAUAUCAUGGAAACAUCCCAAAAAACCUGGUGUAAAACUUGGUACAAAUAUCUCGAAUUCUCUUACAAGAUAUCGAUUGAUUUUGCUGAAGGAUACUAUGAUUUUUUUUGAUAAAACUUUGGAGGUAACUGACAAAAAACCGUACAACAUUACGAAUCUUGUUCCUUACGCAACGUAUAAAGUUAAUGUAACCGCUGGCAAUUCUGAAGGCUUUGGUAGAUCAACUACAGCUACUUUUAGAACUGCUGAAGAUGUUCCCGAAGGUCCACCAUUAAAUGUUAAAAUUGUCGCCUUAAGCAGUUCAUCGUUAUCAGUUACGUGGCAAUCACCAGACAAGAACAAAACAAAUGGAAAGAUAGUCAAUUACACUGUUUGUAUUACACAUUUGGAGAAUGAAACCUGCUCAAUGAAGUAUAUGAUCAAGGAACAGCCUUUGAACGUAAAUAAUGUGAAACCAGGGACAAAAUAUUAUGUUCGUGUUUUAGCGUCUACAAUAGUGGGAUCUGGAUGUUACAGCAAUGUUACAUGGGUAUUUACAAAUGGAUUGGCACCUGACUGUCCACCAAGCAGAUUGGAAAUACGUUGACUUAUUUGUUGCAAAAUCCAAAUGUGGAAUAUCGGUAUUUCUAUGUAGUCGCGAUGAAAAAUGUCACAGAAGAGAGUCGAUUACCUUCUAACUUUAACAACACAGACUUAGUGACUUAUUCUAAGGCCAUAUCUUCCACACAACCAAUGCCGUAUAUUGCUGCUGUAGUCUCUCGCAGAGACUUUAAGCCUAAUUUUACACUUGGUGACGGUGAAACCACAACACGGCGUUCCAAUGGUGAAAAUUAUUAUAAUGGCCCGCUAAAGCCUGGCACUAACUACAAAAUAUUUCAGCGCGUUUUCAUAAAUGAUCAGGGUGAUUAUUAUUCCACUGACUGGAGUCCAGUGGCAGCAACUGCCCAAAAGCACAAGUCUGAAAGACCCAUGACGGCAACUGCCCAAAGCACAGACGGUGGAAAAAUUGGAGCCAUUGCUGGUGCAUUUGUAGCUGCAAUUUUGCUCAUUAUUUUUGUCAUAUUGGUCAUUCUUUUUGUUAGGAUCAAUUCAAACUCUGCUACAGAGCAGUGAACUGCGUAUUGUAGUUAUUUGACGGCUACUAAAAGUUCUCAAAAAUGGGUGAAGUUGAAUUUUUUUCGCGAAAUUAUUAGACGUUUUCUGAAAUUUAACGUACUAUAGAAGAAUAUGAUUAAACAUAGAAUUUUAUUUCCUUUUUAACUAUAAGAGUGAACGAGAGUGAAUGAUUCUGAAGAGUAUUUGAAAACAAUUUGGAAGAUAACAUCAAAUUUUUAGGCUAAGGAUGUAGUCAAUAUUUGAAAUAGGAUAAUAGUCGUAAUACUUUUUAUCUAAGUACAUUAAAUAAGAAAUAAAGUUAAAUUACAAACAAA